AUGGCGAGCGCGCCGCGCGAUGACAGCGCGCCUGCUCCUGCGCUGCAGCAAGGGCAGUGCGAGAGCAGCGAAGCGGCCGGUAUGCUGCAGAUCUUGCGGGCGAAGCUCGCUGACGCUGAGGAGGAGAACUUCGAUCUGCGCGCGAGCAUGGCGCUGUUUGAGACCGAGACGCGACUCGAGAGCGACAAGAAGGAGCGCGCGAUGCAGAGUCGAGUGAAGGCGAUCGAGUCGCAGCUCGCCUUCGUGUCCGAGAAGCUGCAGACGGCCGAGCGCGUCAAGCUGCGCACGAGGAAGGAGGUGGAGGAGCUGCAGCAGAAGCAGCUGGUCGAGACCAAGCGACGUGACGCCGAGCGACGGCUGCUCGCGACCAAGCGACGCAGGCAAGAGACGAGACCUGAUGCCAGUCAGUCAACAACGACGACGCCGUUGUCUCAGCAGCAGCAGCAGCAAGUACUGGCUGUGAAGACGGGCGUGGCAGUGGUCGAUACCGGUAUCCAGACCGAGAUCGAGGUGCCAGAAGCAGAGGAAACGAGCGGCAGCUGGAGGAGGACGACGCAACUCAAGGAACAGAAUGCCAAACUUGUGUCGUGUCUCUUGACGGGACCGUCACGGGAUCUGCUCACGCUGCUGCAUGGUGCUCUUGUCGGGGAGCGGCCAGGAGACGAGGCAGGAGACGAGCAGCGCACGUCGCAGACGCUUUCACCAGGAUGCAGUCAUCAUUCUGACAAUAGCCCGUUGUUGACGCAGUUUCUACCAAAUUUAUCGGGGAACUCGUCGCUGAACGAGUCGAUGCAGUACUCUGCGAACGGGGCUGCUGCGGGCGGUGCGACUGCUGGUGUCGUGUACUCUCAAAGUGUCUUUUCGCAGGUCACGACGAGGUCUGUAGCUCCUCAUGCGUCGUCAAUGCUGAGCACAGAGCUCAUGGACACGACAAAAGCAGUGCAGAAAACAGUUGUUGCAACUGAUCGUGCUAAAGAACUGGUUGAUGUCUUGGGGAAGAUGCUGAAAGGAGACGUGUCGGCGGUCGCGCUCGCUCCGGUAUUCAUUAAGUACUUCACGGCUCAUAAGGAUAUUGCAUGGCCGUUGAUGUGCAGUGUGCUGGGGGUCAUGUACGUGGUGAUGCACCAUUGCGCUCAUUUUCAGCGCUUUCUUCUUACCGCGUCAGUACCUUUUGACGCAACUGUAUCUUUGCAUACUGGAGAUCAGAGACUUACUGGCAGUACGGAGCAUCCGCGUGUAGCGUUAUCAGGAUUGCGGGUCUCGUUGUUGGGUGAGUACUUGUCAGCUCGAUCCGAGCGUGUUUCUAUGUUGCAGAAGGAGUCGUCGGAGCUCUCGGAGACGAACGCUACUUGCGAACGAAACGAACUUCGCUCCAAGCUGAUGAGUGCACUUUGCCGGAUGAUUAAGAGCAAAAUGGAGGAGUCCGCGGUCGUGAAAGAUGGUCUGCGCGUACUCUGUUUCUGGGCGGAUCUCGGGUUUGGCCAUUGUCCUGCAUUGGCGCCAGACUUUAAACCGCUGUUCGCGAGUAACAGCAUCCCACGCAUCUUGAUGACUGCGGAGGGUAGCGUCACUGUCAAGGCGCAAGCACUCAGACUGCUGUCCCGACUGCUACGAGUUCCCGAAGUGUUUGCUGAACUGAAGAUCGACUCGACAAAAUCGUUGCUCUUUCAUCGAUGCGCAAAGAUGCUGUCAUGCAACAAGGAGGAUCUUGCUAUCGAUAAAGCCAGCGAUAUGCGCGCGUUUCAGCACGAGAUUGUGAAAGUAUUUUGGUCGAUGAUCACAUCGUUUCCGUCCGAAGGGAUUCGCUUCGUGCUUGAAAGUACUCAUGGUCUUGCCAGUGACCUUGAUGGAUAUCGGUCGAUACUUUAUUACCUGGCACAGCUGCUGGAUCAGGAGACAUUUGAGGCAAGAACUAGUGGCGACAGUGGCGUGAUGCAAGAAUUGGUUAGAGACCGGAUUCGCUGGGAUUUGAUUCGGAAUGCAUUUGAGCUGCUGGCUCUGCUUUCGCGGUACGUGGACCUACGAACCGAGUUAGGUGGAGACGACCAAGUGCAAUCAUUUCUCGCAGUUUUGCAUUUUCUCAGCAACCUUACUCAUGACGACAUGCAAAAGGACUCGAUAGUUGCAUCUGCGCGCUUUAUAGCUCUAACGAUGACCUUGUCUGGGUGA